AUGCCCCCGAAGCUCCCAAACUUAAAGUACAAACCGCGCCGUGUGGUGCGGGCGAAGGACGACGACGCCGCCGCGCAUGACGCCGACUUGAGUCUCGUGCAGCUCGAGCGCCUCCGCCUGCAGCAGGAACACGCCGCCGAGGCCGCCAACAACGUGAGGGACGAUCACCGCUCAGCCCCAACCGCAACCACAACAGCAACAGCAACAACCGCAGGAACAACAGGAACAGGUGAAGGGGCACCCAUCAGACGGCCAGCACGCCCGCAGCCUGGAGCGUUAGCGGCCAGUCGAGCGGCAGCAUUUCUACCAGUUGAGGCAGAGCGUUUUCCAGCAAACACCAUGUCUAAGAUUCUUGAGGCAGAGGCGGAUAAUCCGAAUAUGACAGUUUACCAUCCAACACCACUCGAUAGCACACUUCCCGCACGUUUAAAAGUAUCAGCUGGGGAGGAACACGUUAGGGGUGAUGAUCGUCGCGUUGAGACAACCGCGCAGGAUGAUGGGAUUAUGUUUUUAAAAGAAUAUGAAGAAGAAUUGCGUCGAUCUAGAGAAGCCAAUAUGCGAUUUGAAAAUGAAGUUCUUCGUCCUUCAGCUAAUAGAAUUAGUGUAGAAACAGAUGUUGGUCGUCAUGAUGAGGGUGAAUUGGUUUGGUUUCAAUUACCUCGUUUUCAAGCUGACGCUCCUUUUCUAAUGACGCAGUUGCCAUCUGGAAAAGUUGGAGAGGUAAAGGUUUACAGAAGUGGUCGUAUGGUGAUGGAAAUUUGCGGUGUUCACUACGAUGUCGCUGUGGAGGGUUACAAUGUAGGUGAUGAUGGUGCCUGCAAUGUUGUCUCUGCAGUGGCUCCUCCUCAACAGCCUGAUGAGAGAUCGAGUUGUUACCAACUGGGACUUUUGUCGAAGAAGAUGGUUUGUACACCUAGUAUCACUGUGGAUAAUUGA